GAAUAAAAACGGCCAAUUUUUUUACAGUUAUUUUUUCUAGAUGACAGAAGAGGAUGAGUAAGGAUAACCUGAAAAAAAAUGUCAGUCAGUGGAGAUAAUUCACAAAUGAAGGGGUUAAUCCAUUUGCAGGUAAAGUAAAUCAGGAAAUAAUUAUUUACAGAACGCAAACAGAUUAAUCUAUACAGGACUAUUAGAUAAGCAAAGAAAUAAUAAACAUAUCAACACAAUAGAGGGCGCUGUUUCUUUCUUUGUUGGUCCGUCAAUCGUCUUUGAGCGGCACAUGUAAAUAUCUAUGGUGGCGAUGAGAUGGAACGGAAGUGACCGCGGGGCCUCGUGUGUGGUGUUGUGAGGCGCGGAUAUUGAACUGGGACUGGACCGGCUAUCGUCUUGCGUCUGUUAGUCUCUUGUCCGUGUCCUUUUAAGGCUGAUGUGAAGAAAUCAUAGCUACACGGAGGAAAGAGAGGAAAACUGGAAGCUGCCAUAUUUUUCAGCACCUAGGUGUACAAAAUGGAAACUGACCAGGAGCCACAAGAGAAGGGAUAUAAUUGUGAAGACAAGUGGUCACAAGACAAAACUGAAAAUGACAAGGAGGACAACGACUUCAUGGGGCAAAGGGAACCUUCUUUUUUUGAAAAAAGGAUUGUGAAGAUUAAGGAAGAAGACAGUGAAUGGGAAUCUCUUUACCAUCACAAGGAGCGAGAGGGUUAUAAAUGGAAGACAGUACAAAUUAAGGAAGAUCCGGAUCAAAAGUAUAAUGGAAGUGACAGGCUGAAAAAUGAAAGUGUCAAGGAAGAAGCCUUUAAACCGGAGUCUGCCUUUCUUUAUAUGCAUCCAAAUGAGGAUGUAACUGGAUUGGGCUCCACUGUAAGCAGACCCUGCUUCUUACAGGAUCAUUCUGUCUGCGUGAAGUCAGAGUCAUUAGAAUCAAAUACAAAGAGCGAUGAGAAAGCAUCAUGUUCGAGUCAUUCUGAAGAAGAUUUGCAACAGAGGAGCAGCUUGUCCAUAUCCUCAUUUCCUCAGGCUUCUCGUCAGUGCAAAUCCCAACAGACUCUACUUGACAAAUCUGUGAAGAAAUUGCUCUCUGGAUUUAGAUGUUUUAUACCGGCCUCUUUGAAGUAUAUUUUACUGCCUAUUGUGAAACUAACAAGGAUAGAUGCUGUCAACAAUCAACUACAGUUGCACAAAAGAAAUGAAUUUAUCAACCAGGAGAGUGAGAAUUGCUUUAAAAGCAAAUCGUCAGUGGAGAAUGACCAUCAGUGGAGCCCUAAAAGACGUAAGCAAUUCGUCUGUUCUGAAUGUGGUAAAAGAUUUAUCAACAGCAGCCAUCUUCUGAGCCACACUCGAAUUCACACAGGAGAGAAGCCCUAUUUCUGCCUUGAGUGUGGCAAACAAUUCUCAGAUAAAAGCAAUUUUCAUAGACACACCAGAAUUCACACCGGAGAGAAGCCGUAUUGCUGUUCUGAAUGUGGAAAACGAUUCUCACAAAAUAGCCAUCUUCAGCUGCACACAAGAAUUCAUACUGGAGAAAAACCAUACUGCUGUCUUGAGUGUGGCAAACAGUUCUACAACAGCAGUCAUCUUCAAAGCCACACAAGAAUUCACACCGGAGAGAAGCCCUAUUGUUGUCUUGAAUGUGGCAAACAGUUCUCCUGCAAAAAGACUGUUCAGAGCCAUGCACGAAUUCAUACUGGAAGGAAACCCUAUUGUUGUACUGAAUGUGGCAAACAAUUAUCUGACAAGAGCAGUCUUCAAAGCCACACACGGAUUCAUACUGGAGAGAAACCCUAUUGGUGUUCUCAGUGUGGCAAACAAUUUUCAAAGAGGAGCUAUCUUCAGUGCCAUACAAGAAGUCACACAGGAGAGAAACCAUAUUGCUGUUCUGAAUGUGGCAAACAAUUUUCUGACAAGAGCAGUCUUCAAAGCCACACAAGAUGUCACACAGGAGAGAAGCCGUUUUGCUGUUCCGAAUGUGGCAAAUGCUUCUCUCACAGGUGCAGUCUUCAGAGUCACAUAAGAAGUCACACGGGAGAAAAGCCAUUUUGCUGUUCUGAAUGUGGAAAACGCUUUUCCAGCAGAAGUAGUCUUCAGGUACAUUCAAAAAUUCAUGCCAAAGAGAAACUGCAUUGUUGUUCGGAUUGUGGUAAACAGUUCUUAUACAAGGACAGCCUUCAGUUACACAAAAGAAGUCACACUGUACCAUCCAGAUACUUCUCUGAUUCCGCACAGCAUAUGUAAGAGAAAGAAAAUUAAACAAUACAGCAAAAUAGUAUAACUAACAUGUGGGGUUCACUCCAGUCAUGACCAUGCACAAAACAGGCCCUUAUGGAGAAAUUCAAGACAGCACUUGGACUUGGUUCCACAGGAUUAAUUAAAUGAAAAUUCCAGACUUAGCUAGAUGAUAUGCCAAUUAACAUUGCAUUCUAGAAGUUAUAAAAAUAGAUAUUAUUGGAAUCAAUGCAAGUAGAACUUUUAUAGAUAUUUUUUUGAGUCUGGGGAAAGUUGGCCUUUUACAGAAGCUCCUGUACAUAACUAAAUAUAGAUGCACACUGUGGUUUAAACACACAUCAGAAUGACUAAACAAGAAAGAUUAAAAAGAAUGAAAACAUGUCACAGUGAGGCAUUAUCCUGGCAUUGUGCUGUUGCAUAUACAGGAGCGCCCAAUGUGUUUCUUCACACACUUCUGCUGAAUAAUUUGUUGCCUGAAAGUUCUCAGUGUUAGUCUGUCAGAGAGAGGAUGUGAAGCAUUGUUCAUAAUGACAAUCGUGUUUAUAUUCAUUAUGUCUUUUGCUACAACCUCCAUGGGGUCCAGAUGGCGCCCCGUAACUGAGCCUGCCCUUUUAAUCAGCUUGUUAAUUUUGUGGGCCUCUUUUGAAGUGACGUUAUCAGCUCAGCAAACCACAACAUAGAAAACUGCACUGGCCAUCACAGAGUUAUAGAUGAUGUGAAGGAUGUCACUACCCACAUUAAAAGAAUGCAGUCUGCCCUUUCUUAUAUAGUUCCUCUGUGUUAUGACACCAGUCCAACCUUUCAUUGAUGUGGACCCACUAUACAUCCACUCCUUGAAUAGUGACCGGACAUAGAGGCUCUUUGGUGUGGCAAAAGUCAUCAACCAGUUCCUUGUUUUUGCUGAUGCUAAGAUGCAGACAAUUCUCUUUGUACCAAGAAACAAAACUCUCUGCUGACUCCUAUACUUGGUCUCAUCCCCCUUAUCAGUACACCCCCGUAAGUGCAGGAUCAUCUUGACAGUUUCUACAGGUGACAUGACCUGGUGUUAUAUUUAUAGUCCGAGGUGUACAGAGAGGAGGACAUGGGCCUGUUCCUUGUGGUGGUCCAGUGUUACUGCAAGUACUACACCAAAACAUCGCUGCACGUUCAAGGGAGGAAAAGAAAACCAUAACUAUACUACAAAUGAUCAUGACUUAUAAGUAAGACUCUUUACUGUCAUCAUGGGGCCCAAAACAAAUGCCAGUCGUUCCUUUUGUGUUUUUUUUUUUUUGUGUUUAUCUCAGUCUAACACUUUUUCAAUGUACUUUAUGAAGUUGUUUAAUUUUUUCCACUGCU